GACGGGAAACUACGAUUCGCUCUUUCUAACGGCAACACGCUAGAGGCUAGAGAGAGAAGAGAAUCAUAGAGGAUAGAGAGUGUGAUGUGAUCGCGGAGGACAAAGGGAGUGAGAGAGAGCAAAGGGGGACGACGCAAGAAUGAGCAGCGCCACCACCUACUCGGAGAGCAUCGCUUCCUGCCGCCCCCCAACUCCCAUCUGCUCCCCAUCCCUCGCAGCCACGGCGGCGGCGGUCCCCGACGCAGCCCCCCUCCCCGUGAGGCGGCAGCUCGAUUUCCCCAGCGGCGAAGGCAACACGGAUGACGACGACGACUUCUUCUUUCUCGUCGCAGAGGAGAUGGAGCGAAACCUAGACCAGGUCGCGCGCCGCGCCGCGCAGAGCUUGACGCCGCCGACACUUGCGAUGGCACGCCCGACUUUCCGUGUGAAGCAGUGCAUUUGCAGGCGCGGGCCAUGUGACGUUGAGUGGAAGGAGGGGGGAUGGGCAUACGUCUGCUCGGCGACGCCGAAGUGCAGUCAUUCUUCUUAUUGCAUGGAAUCUGAUGUCAGUCCAGGUUCACAGCCUGCCUUUUUGAGUCAUCAUGAACCCCACAAUCAUAUGACUAAUGGUACAACUCAAGUUAAUGUUAGUCCCCAAGGUGCUGGUGCUACAACUCCAGUAAAUAUUACCCUCAAACGUGAUGGCGCUAGAACUCCAGUUACUUUUAGUCCCCAAGGUGCUGGUGCUACAACUCCAGUAAAUGUUACUCCCCAACGUGAUGGCGCUAGAACUCCAGUUACUUUUAGUCCCCAAGGAGCUAGAUCUAGUGGUGAACUACCGACCUGCAAGUGUACUGCUGGGAAGUGCAAAAUUCUGAAAGAAAAAGGGGUGGACUACUAUGUGUGUCAUAUACCAAAGGGAUACGGUGCAUGCUCUCACCGUGAGCCAAUUGAAUGCACUCACUGUGAGCCAAUCGAAGCUGCUGUUGAAGAACCACCACUAACUGGAUACACCAAUCCAAGGGAGAGUAAACAUUUGGGGUAUAAUCCAGUUGCAAAGGAAGCUAAUGUGCAUGCCAUGAUGGGACGCCACAAUGAAACUAGACAAUUCGAUCCUGAUCAACCCCCUGAAUAUGAUGAAUGGCCGUUCGAAAUUGUUGAGGGUGAUGUUGUACCCACAACCCACUUGUUGCCUGCUCACCCUACACCCAUUGUUGCAGUCGCUCAGGGAUCGCCAGUUAUGCUGCGCCAACAAUUUGCUACUGUCCAAGUGGGAACACCAACUACAUCACCCAUGCCACCUAAAUUUGCCAUCAGCCCCAAUACUCCCCGGUCAGGCAGUUGCUACCGGUGCCAUGAAGAAGGACAUUGGACCAUCAACUGCCCUAAGAAUGGCGCUUGUUACCACUGUGGUAUGGUUGGGCACUUUGUGAAGGAUUGCCCUGGAGUGCGCACCAAGAAAUGAUCGUAAGAAGCAUAUGAGGGUCUCAUUGUGCCUUUUGUGCAAAUGGCAGUAAGUAGUAAGCACUGAGGCUAGCGAUCUACUUCAGCAAAAUAAUUGGCUUAACCAUGGCUGUUGAUUUAGGGUUUAGGGUUGGAUGUACGGCGCCGCCGGGUACCUGCUAAACUUAAAUUUGUGGUGCCUGGCUGUAAGAUUACUGAUAUUUAUGCCCAUUAUGUGAAUGGUUAAUAACUAAGUAGCAUAUGCAGAAGGGGCAGUAAACGCACGACUCGUAUAUUCUGCGUAUGCAGUAGCGUAUGCAUUUAUAGUACUUUAAGCAUGUGUUUGACUGGUAA